GUGAAAAACUCAGCGGCCAACGUGCUCAGGGAAACGUGGCUCAUCUACAAACACACCAAGCUGGUGAAAAAGCUCGACCAUGCCAAGGUGCGGAAACACCAGCGUAAGUUCCUCCAAGCCAUCCAUCAGCUGAGGAGCGUGAAGCUGGAGCAGAGGAAGCUGAGCGACCAAGCCAACAUGCUGGUGGAUCUAUCCAAGACCCAGAGCAUCAUGUACGACAUAGUGUCCGAACUGCAGGAGCGCAACGAAGACCUGGAGAAGCGCAUCAGUGCGCUGGAGGGCAAAAUUGACACGCUGGGGUUCACCCUGCAUGCGCUGCCCGGCCUCGUCAGCCAAGCCAUCUGGCAGCAGCAGCAGCACCAGCCCCGGCCCCACCCAAGGCCCUACGGCGCCCCUCACGGCUCGGAGCGCUCUCUCUGGACCCCCACGCAGCAGCGGCAGAAGUCUCCCUCCACCGCCCCCCACACGUCCUCCAACAGCGGGUGA